CUCAACAACCACCUCGACACCACCUCUACACCUUUGCUCACCACCCCUUUUAAUACCCAAACACAUUCAACAUGGCUUCCGCUGCCGUCUCCAGCGCCCUCGAGGACAUUGUCGCGUCCUCUUACGUCGGCUUUGACUCGAUCACUCGCCAGAUCGAGCACAAGCUCCUCAAGCGUGGCUUCCAGUUCAAUGUGAUGGUUGUCGGCCAGACUGGUCUCGGCAAGUCGACCCUCGUCAACACUCUCUUCGCGUCGCACCUCGUCGACUCGAAGGGCCGUACCGAGCAGGACAUUGCCCCCCGCGCGACCACCGAGAUCCACGCAAAGUCGCAGGUCAUCAUUGAGAACGGCGUGCGUCUCAAGCUCAACAUUAUCGACACCCCCGGCUACGGCGACCUCAUCAACAACGAGGGCUGCUGGGACCCUAUUGUGAAAUACAUCAAGGACCAGCACUCGGCCUACCUCCGCAAGGAGCUCACCGCCAUGCGCGAGCGCUUCAUCCCCGACACCCGUGUCCACUGCUGCGUCUUCUUCAUCAACCCCACCGGCCACACCCUCAAGCCCAUUGACAUCACUGUGCUCAAGAAGCUGUCCGAGAUUGUCAACGUCGUUCCCGUCAUUGCCAAGUCGGACUCGCUCACGCUCGAGGAGCGCGAGGGCUUCAAGCAGCGCGUCAUGGCCGAGCUCCAGUACCACCAGAUCCGCCUGUACCCCUUCGACGGCGACGAGCUCGACGCCGAGGAGCUCGAGCUCAACGAGCGCGUGCGUAACAUGCUCCCCUUCGCCGUCAUCGGCUCGGAGAGCAGCGUUAUCGUCGACGGCAAGCCCGUCCGCGGCCGCAAGAACCGCUGGGGUAUUGUCAACGUCGAGGACGAGAACCACUGCGAGUUUGUCUACCUCCGCAACUUCCUCACCCGCACCCACCUCCAGGACCUGAUCGAGACGACGAGCCAGAUCCACUACGAGACGUUCCGCUCAAAGCAGCUCCUCGCACUCAAGGAGUCGUCUGCCAAGGCGCAGCAGCCUGCGGCUUAAUUCUGGCUGUCUUGAUCUAAAACUAUUGCUUCUUCGUACGAUUCCCUAGUCCCUUAUUCUUGUGAACACCCGUAGUGGGAUACCUGGUGUGAUGCACUUAUGACAU